AUGGAAAAAAAAGAAAUCGUCAUCGUCGGCGGUGGCAUGUUUGGCGCCUACCUCGUCGCCAAAUUCCGCGACUCGUCAAACAGUCUCACGCAAAAGAUCCACAUCACCCUCGUCGAGCCUCGCGAGGACUUUGUCUACAUGCCGCUCAAUGUCCGAAACUGCAUCGAGGACGUGGCCGAGUUCGAGGUUAAGCCGUACGAUCGGAUAUUUGCCAAAAAGCCAGAGCUUGGACGGGUGGUUUGCGAUCGAGCUGUUGAGAUUGAUGAGGCGGGAAAGGUUGUAAAGUUGCUUUCCGGCGAGGAGCUGAGAUACGACUUUUUGGUCGUCGCUACCGGCACAAGCUACAGCUCCCCCAACCAAAUCCCCUACUCCACCCACGCCGACAUUCUCUCCUACUUCUCCUCCAUGCGCGAGACCAUCCAAAACAACUACCACCUCAUCAUCAUCGGCGGCGGCGCCACGGGCUGCGAACUAGCAGCCGAGAUCAACGACCGCUUCCGCAACACCAAAAAAGUGACGCUGGUCCACAGCGGCAAACUGCCGCUCUCGGACCAGUACUCUGAAAAGCUGCGGCAGAAAGUGCUCACGUAUUUACUGCAGUCGCGUGUCGAAGUCAUGUUGAAAUCAAAAGGUGUGGAUAACGGCGACGGCACGGUUACUGUCAACCGCAAGGUGCGCGAGAAGGAAGUUAUUGAAACCGUCAAGGGCGACGUGGUUUUCAGGCUCUACGGCCAGAAACCGGCGACGGACUGGAUGCCAUCAGAAUGGAAAGACGACCACGGCCGCGUCCGCGUCAAGCCUACGUUCCAAAUCAACUCUCCCGCCUCAGACGGCACCGUCUUCGCCGUCGGCGACAUCACAGACGUCAAAGAAGCCAAGACCGCAAAUAAAGCCCACGGCGCUCUUCCUGUGAUUGUUCAAAACAUCGCAUCUCUGAUCGCCGGAAAAGAACCCGUGAAGAACUACAGCCCGCCGGAAGUCGAGUCGAUUGCUUUGACGAUGGGCAAGUGGCGCGCUACGGGACAGGCAGGGUUGCCAUUAAUUGGACCUGUGCUGCUACCGUCGUGGCUUUUGCUCAAGUUGCAGGGCGAACAUGUCAAUGCGGAGAAUGGUGUGAAGCCGAUUGGAUAUUGA